UACGCUUGAUAUGGCUGUCAUACGAAUGACAGUCAGCACAGCAUCAGAGUUUCGUCAGCAACAGCGACAAACAAGGAAGAAGUGCACAAAAAUUUCGGAAUUUGUGCAAUUUUAUUUUGUUUUGUCGUGAAAAUAGUGCCAAAUCUUCAGAAAAUGCCGUAAAAGCAUGUUCCGAUCGAUCGCAGAGCUAAUUGAUACCAGUAUCGAAGAGGGUUUUUUGUCCAUUAACGCUGGGACAGCCUCAAAUCGACAAAAAUUGCAGCUAGGAUUCAGGUUGAUUCUGUGUUUUGAUGUAUGUAAGAGUGAAGUUGAGCAAUCUACACAGAAUACAUUGGAAAAAAUUGGAUGGGCCUUACUGGAAACGAUCGAACCAAACACGGUCAAGGAAUUGAUCAGUCCAAAUAUUGUACUGGAUCUUAUAACAAAAAAUUACGGACCGGAAGUCAAAAACAACCAGACUGCACCGAAGUUACGUGUUUGGAUUCUAGAGAAAUAUUUUAAAGCAAAUCCAAAUAUGGCAGUCAAGUGUGUUGCAGAGGUACCCCACAAUCAACCUAAAUAUGAUAUAAAUCAAAUGAUCGAACGCAUCGAAAUGCUGCUAGCGAACCCGGAAGCUAUUCGAGAUGAUAUUGAUGGGGUUAAAAUGUUUUGCGAACAGAUUGUUCUGUACCUUGCGCAUGUUCCGUUAAGAAAAGACAUCAUAACCAUGGAGCUGGAAAAGCUGCAACAUUUCCUGCGGAAAGUAUCCUACCAUGUACCUAAACAGCAUGCCGAUGAAAUCGUCGAGGUGUGUUUGAAAACUCUCUACAAGCAUAUGGUUUCUGAUGAAGAAACCUCCAUGUAUGCUUCCGUUGUAUUGGACCUACUGGAUAAGAAAGAAUUAAUUAAACAGGGCGUUCAGUGGAUUCUCCAGCAGAACAAUGAUACGAAGGCUAUCAAGAAUGUAUUCAAAACGUUAAUGCACUGGUUAACGGCUCAAAAUCAGGCAAACGACCUUGUUACGUGGAUUUCUGAAAUAAUCACCGGGCUUCAUGAACUUCAAAAACACGAUGUGCUAUUGGACCUGUCUUGUAGUUCUGUGAAAUCGUGUUUUAACUAUUUUCAAAAACAUGGUUAUCAUGCGAGUAUGUGUUCCAUAUUGUUCCAUAUAAUGGUGACUGUUGAACACUCGCCUGAUGUUUUCAACAUGAUUCUUCCCAAGGCUCCUACAAUAUUGGCUGAAUUGGGAAAGCUGAAGGAACAAAACGAGCCGGGAGAUGACUGUCAGCAGCGAUUUAUUGUCAUCCUUACAGGUUUGAUGAUACGUUUUCCGAAUCCUGAUUAUCAAUACAGGGAGCUGAAGGACUGUUUGAAGAAAUACCCUCGGCCAACCAACUUCCGACAUGCGUUCAACGGUAGCGAAAUACCUAACUCCGUAAUAGCCUCGGCCAAUGCAAGGGUUGGACUUGUGAAUCUGGGGAAUACAUGCUACAUGAAUAGUGUGCUACAAGCAUUAGUGAUGACGAAACAGUUCAGUCGUGAAAUACUGCUGGCUAAAAUCGACGCUCCGUUGUUUGAUCAAAUUCAAAAGUUAUUAGCCCUGUUAAUACACUCUCACCGUCAGGAACUCAAUCCCCGAGCAUUACUGGCCGCAGCUCGUCCUCCGGAUUUCGUUCCCGGCUACCAACAGGAUUCGUCCGAAUUUUUGGGUUAUCUGCUGGAAAAACUGCACGAACAGGAGAAACAAUUGAUUCGCGAGAAAUGCGUCGAGAAACAAAGGCAGAACAAAAACCAGUGGACUGUAUCGACUGAGCCACAAUCUCAGUUGGUUAAAUUGCCUUCAGAAUGCUCGAAUACGACGACAAGAGAACAAGGCAGUACGGACAGUGAAACCCCGGCUAAUGCACAGGAUGCGACUUUGAACGAAAUUCAGCUUCCUCCAACGCUCAUACAGAGAACGUUCGAUGGCAAACUGUUCGUUACAUACCAAUGUGGAGUUUGCGACUCAAAAAGUACCAAUCUCGAUGCAAUUCGAUCAUUUGAACUAUCCUUCCCGGAAUCUAAUGGCAUCAAGACGGAAUACUCCGUGCAAAAGUUGCUCGAUUUCUAUUGUUCCUCAGAAAAGUUGAUAGGCGAUAAUCAAUAUUACUGUGAUAAGUGCAAGCAACUUUGCGAUGGAGAGCGUUCCAUAAAGAUUACAAAAUCGCCGAGAAAUUUAAUCCUUACGCUCAAGCAUUUUCGAUAUGACUUGCACAGGCACACGAGGGCAAAACUAAUGAACCAGGUGCUACACGAUGAGACCAUAUCGCUAUGGGUCACUCCAGAAGAAGGUCACCCUUUUACUGUACAGUACUCGUUGUACGCAGCAGUGGUUCAUGCCGGAACUAGUAUGGACUCCGGACACUAUUACACUUACGCACAGGACGAGCCGGAUCGCUGGUACAAGUUCAAUGAUAACUAUGUAACCGGAUGCACCGUGGAUGAGUUGCACGCCCUAUCUAGUCCCAAUACACCGUAUAUUCUGUUCUAUCAGAUGUCCGCACCAUCUACUGAUUGCACGAUGAGCUUAUGCAUAGACGAAGAAAUGGAGCACAGCGCGUCAGCCAACCUGGCUUUGGUUUCUACUGACUCCGUUCCUGAAUGUCAGCUUCCCCGGCUGGAUGAACUUUCUCCCCGUUUGCGAGACUUAGUUCAUGACCACAACCAAUCGUACAAGGAGGAAACACGUACUACUACACAGAAACGCUUCGAAGUACUCCCCAGGAACCGCGACACAGACGAUGACCCACCGCCGAAUUCUUGCGGUAGUAAUGCUAUAAACUUCAAUAGUCGAUUCAUCUUUUAACGUACUGUACGAAAUGAGUGCUUAGAGGGUUCAAGUGUAAGCACUGAUGUAAUGCGAGAUGUAAAAUUAAAAUGAAUUAACGUUCAAGGAUCAA